AUAAAUAUGUGAUGACUAUCAACAUCGGUCAUGGAUAUGAGAUACAAGAUCUCCAUCUUGUUCUUGUCCAUCUGUCUGUUCUCGCUCUGGCUGCGCGCUCGAAGCAGCGUCCAGGAGUCUCUAUUCGACAUGCAGCUCCCGGCCCACCUUGAUCGCCCAUGGCAAGAAAUUACUGGCUGCUCCCUACAGAUGUAUUGACUCGAGCGGAAAACACGCCAAAACUAGUGGGGGACUUCAUCGAAUCUCUGCUGGACCCAGAAACCCGUGAGAUCACAGCCUUGGAUCCAGUCGAUAUCCUGGCACGUGUUCGUGAAGGUACAUACACAGCAGUAAAGGUCACUACAGCAUUCUGCAAGAGAGCACCAUACGCCCACCAGCUUAAUAACAAUGUCCUCGAGUUCAUCUUCGAAGCAGCUCUCGAGCAGGCGAAAGAGCUUGACCAAUACCUCGAACAACAUAACGAGACUGCUGGUCCGCUGCAUGGUCUUCCUGUCAGCAUGAAAAAUCAAUUUCACGUCAACAGUGUUAAUACUUCGAUGGGAUACGUGGGUUGGAUCAACAAGGAGAGACCCGUGGAGAGCCUUUUAGUGAAAGAGCUGAAGAGCUUAGGAGCAAUCCCAAUUGCCAAAACUACAUGCGUGCAAACUUUGUUUUUUGGAGAGACGAACAAUAACAUCCUUGGGUACACGAAGAAUCCUUUCAAUCAGGCUCUGUCCACUGGAGGAUCCUCUGGAGGUGAAGGAGCAUUUCAAGCACUGCGAGGCAGCGGGAUUGGAUUUGGGACGGAUAUUGGUGGCUCAGUCAUAAUGCCGAGUGCAUUUGCCGGACUUUACAGCCUCAAGCCGUCUCAUGGCCGCAUCUCUUACAAAGACGUGGCGAAUAGUGUUCCUGGCCAGCCAGUAAUUCCCUCGGUCAUUGGUAUCAUGGCCAUAUCGCUUCCAUCCCUGCGACUGAUGUUUAAAUCUUUGCAAUCGACGAAACCUUGGCUUGACGAUCCAGAGGUCAUCAAUUUCUCGAGCAGACUGGAAACGGAACCCAACUCUAUAGCACUAGAAGGCAGCGAUAAAGUAUCGUUCGGGCUAUAUGAAAAUGAUGGGAUGGUUGUUCCACACCCUCCAAUCCAACGGGCUUUGCGAAUAGUCCAAAAGGCUCUAGAUCUCAAGGGAUAUAAAUUCGUGACAUGGGACCCACCAUCUCAUCGAGAGGCAGCAACUAUGCAUAGCUUCUUCCUGCGCGCUGAUGGAAACGCGGAUGUCUUUGAGCAAAUCAAUUUGUCUGGCGAGCCCUUUAUUCCAGAGAUACAAGCACAGUUUGGGGAGAAGCCCAAGCCCCCAGCUCUAUUACUGGAUUUUUAUAAGCAGUACUUGCAUCUCAAAGAAUGUCGUGAAAAAUAUCAAGCGUAUUGGAACUCAACAGCCACGAAAUCUUCGACGGGCCUUCCCGUCGAUGCCGUAAUAUUGCCAGCAUCACCCCACGCAGGAGUAAUUCCAGGAAAAUAUUACCACUACUUGUACAGCAACUUCCCCAACGUUCUCGACUACACCACCAUGGUCAUCCCUGUCACCAAUGCCAAUAAGACAAUUGAUAUUUUUGAUAAGGACUACAAGCCACUAAAUGACGUGGACAAGAAGAAUUGGCUUGCGUAUGACCCCGAGAAGUACAACGGUGCCCCAGCAUCCUUUCAACUUUUAGGCAGAAGACUGGAUGAAGAGAAAUUGAUUUCAUUAGCAACAAUCAUUGUGGAAGCCUUGGAGGAGUACAAAAAGCAAGAUGGUUGGGAAAACGUGUGA